AGACGUUCUCUUACCCUAUUAUCAUUUCGUGUAAAUAGAUAUCAAUUUAAUGCAUACCUAUAUACAUUCUGCCAAAAAUACGACUUGUAUUUCACAAGUAAAUACGACCAGGCAGAAAAAUUAUUUCGUAUUGUACGUUUUGUAUUGUAUGUUGCCAAACUACUUUCAUAAAUAUACAUGACCUGACACAUAAAUAGCGCACACAAAAACUACAUUCAGUUCUAUUUUAAUUAGCAUCGAUAAACAUUGAAUUCAAUAACAAAACAAAGAAAAAGGUGGAGGUAUAUAACAAAAGGGUCAUUAUAACAGUAGCUAAAUCUGGGUUUUGUAUUCGGCUCUCGUGGAUUGCGCUUGCGUGCCUCGUGUGAUCCGACCUGGCAAAAUACUGCAUCCCUAAUUAAGCUACUAUUAUAAUAACCCUAUUUUAUUUACAUAAAGAGAUAUAUUAUAGAGCUUAUUGUUAUGUCAUUGGAGACACUGGAACAUGAUUGCUUAUUCACCGAAAUAUUGUCGUUUCGUAUGAUGUCAAAACUACACAAACAUAAGAAUCAUGUAAAACAAAAUCAAACAAAUUGUUUUAGCUUUAUCUUAUUUUUAUUUACACACGAUAAAAGAUUUAUAGCUUCCACUUAUGAAUUUUGUGUCUUCUUUCAGCGAUUUGAUGAAUUCUCCAGCUUUAACGUUAAACAAGAUAGAGAAAGUAGGCCGAAUAGUGGAAAUUCUUAGGAACGAAACAUUCUGUGGAUUCCCUGUAGUAAAUUGUAACGGCAAGGAUAACAGAGCCAGUAAAGUGUGUGGAUUAAUUUUGCGGUCGCAACUUCUUGUUUUACUUAAACACAAGGUAUUCAGCCCGCCAGAUUUGAUGCAGCCAAAUACAGUUAGACUAAAAGAUUUCCGGAAAUAUUAUCUACAGAAUCUAAAAAUCGAGGAUAUAGAUAUUUCUACAGAAGAGAUGAGUUAUGUGAUGGAUUUAAGACCAUACCUUUCCCCAAAUCCAUAUACAGUUGGUCCGACGUUUUCACUUCCACGAUUGUUCAGACUUUUUCGAGGUCUUGGUCUUCGUCACUUAAUUGUAGUCAACGAUUGCAGAGAGCCAAUAGGCAUGAUAACCAGAAAAGACUUGGCGAAAUUCAGAGUUGAAUCAAAACGAGGUUUGCUCAAAGUUGAACAGCUAAAUAUUGAAGAUAAAUAAGAAGUAUGGUGAACGACGAACAACUCGGACAUUCAAAAUAAGACAGUUCUGAUAUCUCGUAUUUAAAAGAAUGGUUUAAGGACAUAUGUUUCCGAUCGUUAUUCUUUAUUAUUGGGACACACUACGAGUUACUUUUAACUUUACGAUAAGGAAAGUGAUGUAUUAACACAGUUUGUAAUGACAGAUAUUAUUUUUUAAACAAUUUUACGAUUCCAAUUCAUUUUAGUAGGAGCCUCGGUAGCCAGGUGGUUAAAGUGGCUCAAUCAAACCGAGCCUGCAACAUUUUCAUUUUUGUCGUGUUGGGCGGCCUAUGGAGUAUUCUAUAUCACUUGCCUCUAACCACUGUGGUUCUAAAACUCGCUUGAAAAGUAGAAUUGUUUCUUGUAAGGAGACCGCCCAGCUGGUUUACCGAUAGUCAGUGGUUCUAACCCAUGCGCCGAUCCGUGAUGAAACACGGCCCAGAGCCUUUGGUCUUUCUCCACUACAAAAAGUUUGGAAGUUGCCGUAUAACCUAUAUUUGUGUGGCUGUGAUUUUAAACACAACAAAAACAACAAAAAAGUAUUUAAUUUCCAUAUUUUAUUAUAUCUAUUUAGAAUAUUUCUGUUUAAAUAAUCUUGCCUGUCAUUAUUAUCUUGAACGUUCAACAUGAUAAAACGUUUGUAUAUCAUCUUACCAUAUGGUGUUUAAGGUAAUUCUUAUUUUGCACGUUUGAUAAAUCGGAAGUAAUGGCAUUUUUCCGAAUAAUGUAGAACAAAACCUGGACUUGGUAGUCGGAAAUGUAAAUCAUUUUGUGAAUUAAUUGCAAUCCGUGCAUACAUUUAUUACAACGGCAAUAUUACUAUUUUUCUAAACAUGAAAUAUGGUAUUUAAACGAUUCAGACGAUAAUUAUUCUGAAUAAUGUCUUAAAUUAGCUUGAAAGUCGCUAUUCUCUUUAACCAAGGGCAAAUAUAACAAAAAAAAGCUCAGGGACCUAUACAUUUUAUUUCACCAUAUUUUAGACCAUUUGUUCAUUUAGUAUGAAGUUUCUUUAAAAUCUACUUUGCAGAAAAAAAUCUAUUCACGACAAGGAUAUCGCAAUUGUGAUUUCCCAUAGAUUCCCAUUAUUUGCCGAAUUUCUAAAAUAUAAUUCUGAAAUAAAAAAAAAUAGGGUUUAAUAAAAUUCUACUUUGCAGAAAACGUUAAA